AGCGAGCCUGCGCGAGCUGAGCUCCAGCUGAACUCAGCACUGUCUGACAAUAACCAGCAGCAGCAAAACGACACGUUUAUAACCUUCUCCUUCCUCUUCAAAUGUCCUAAAGUACAUCCAGCCCACUGGACAACGUUAAUUUGUAGCUAACAGGCUGUGAAUGAACACUGCAAGCUAGCUCAGCUAACCUGCAGCUAACAACAACAACGACAAGCUGUAACGUUAGCUCCAUCUCUCUGCAUGUGCUCGGCUUUUAAACACGACUAAUGACCAACCUAAAGUAAAAUAAAAAAAAUAAAAAAAUCAUGAAUGACAUCAUUACCACUAUGUUCAAUAAGAAGUUUCUGGAGGAGCUGUUCAAACCUCAAGAACUGUAUUCCAAGAAGGCCUUGAGGACAGUCUUUGAUCGACUAGCCCAUGCUUCAAUAAUGAGACUUAAUCAAGCGAGUAUGGACAAGCUUUAUGACUUGAUGACCAUGGCAUUCAAGUAUCAAGUUCUUUUAUGCCCUCGCCCUAAAGAUAUUCUCCUUGUGACCUUCAACCAUAUGGAUGCAAUCAAAGACUUUGUAAGGGACACCCCCAGUAUUCUAAGCCAAGUGGACGAAACUUACAGACAACUCCUAGAGAUAUAUACUUCUUUGUCUGGUGGAGAAUUUCAGUUAAUUAGACAAACGUUACUCAUCUUCUUUCAAGAUAUGCACAUAAGAGUGUCUAUAUUUCUAAAAGACAAAGUGCAAAACUCCAAUGGACGCUUUGUACUGCCCACUUCAGGACCUGUUCCAUAUGGCACUCAAACUCCUGGACUUAUCAGAAUGUUUAGCUGUAGUGGUGAGGAGAUAAAGAGGGUACAGUUCCGAGAUGGAGGAAACUACACUGCUGCCCUUCGUGAGGGUUCCUUUGAGUUAUUUGGUGACAGAGUUACUAAACUGGGCACAAACAUGUAUAGUGUGAGCCGUCCUGUGGAGACACACAUGUCUGGAACCUCCAAAAAUUCUUCACAACACACCAAGGUUAACACACUACCAAACCCACUGGCAAAGGAGGAACUAAAUCUGCUUGCUAAACUAAUGGGUGGUUUGGAGGUUCAGAAGCCAAGUCACACUGACUCGGGUUUUCGUGUCAACCUCUUUGCAACGGAUGAAGAAGAAGAGGAAGCUUUGAUAACGAGACCAGAGGAGCUCUCUUAUGAAGUUAUUAAUAUCCAAGCAACCAAGGACAAACAGGCCAAUGCUGAGUUGGCAAAGAUCAUGGGAGAGUUUACAGAAGCUGGAGACUCUUCCCCAAGCUCUAGCAGCAAAGGGGAUGACCUGUUGGCUAUGAUGGAUGGCCUGUGAUGCGGAGUAUAUGCAGUACAUGUUGGCUGCUGUUAAGCAGGCUUAGUACUGCUUGAAGCUCCACAGUGUCUCGCUCAGAGAGCCUAGAGACCUGCUAUGUCACACGACAGCAACACAUGGAGGCUAAUAUGUGUUUGUGUUGGUAGAGUCGAUCAUGGUCAGACACUGUUCAUCUUGUUUCAGCCUUUAACCUUUCUGAGAUCUUUUAUUCUUGGCCCAGUUUUUUAAAAGCUUCAUAGUGUCAAGAUCAUCUUAAAAGAGUGUUUCACUCUAUCCUCAAUGAUCUUUGUCCUAAGGGACUUUUGGAAGACCGAGCCCUGAUGAUCAGUUACAGUGCAAUCCUGUUCUAUAGCUUUAUGUACAUUUCCAGAUCUUUCAAGUCCAGACGCUACAAGUCACUUUACAAAACUCUCUAUAGUUCCAUCAACAUGGAUGGCCUAAAACACUGGUAAGGGUCAUGGAUCAUGCAGUAACAUAAGGAGGUAAAAACCAGUCAACCACAUCAGCAGUGUGUGACAGUUUGUAUUUCCUAUUCAAUACUCUUGUGCUGGGAGUAUUAAUAAGUGUGUGUGUGUGUGUGUGGCCAACUACACUAUUAUGGUAUAUAACAUUAGUGGCCACUUAUAACAUGAGUUAGUCCCACGUGGGAUAGAAUAGUCAUGCACAGUAACUCGUUGACUCAGUAUAACGACAUGCCUGACAGGAAAAUAAUUGGCUUAGAUAUACUAAAAACACCCUUCAAUUUAAAUAAAUCUUAUUAAACUAUGCAGAUAUCUUAGGGCUAACCUCAUAUUGGCAUGCGCCACAGCCCAACAACUGGCUUAGAUGCACUCAAAAUACUACAGAAGAUGAGUGAGAUUAGCCGUGGCUGUACAGUUUCAUGACAUUUAUUUAAAUUGCAGGUCAAAUGAGUGUGUAUAUUUUUGUACAUACUGUAUUUGCACAUUCAUAUAUAUGAACAUUGCUGACCUUUUUGUAUAUUUGGAUUGUUUUGUGAUUGGAUUUAGAAAAAAAAAAAAUUCUCUGGCCAGCAAUGUGCACACACCUGAGAUAUAUUGAAGAGAACACAGAUUGAUCUGCUUUUUUAAAGUGUCAAUAGAUGUCUCAGAAUACAGCUCAUAAAUGGAAUUAAUUUUACAAAUAGAUAAUUAUUAAGAUAUAUUAAGACAAGGAAAACUGAAAAGCUGCUGAGAAGCCUGGCAGAAACCUAAGUGCACUUGUCUUGAUUGUUUAGCACAGAUCAGAUCCUUCAUUUGACAUGUUUUGUGUUUAAAAGUACAUUUGUCUGUAUGCAGGUUCAUAUCUCCCUUUAAGAAAGUACCUCUAGAAGAGUUGUUGCGGUAUCUGACUGUGCAGAUGUUGAGAUUAGAAGGGAGGUGUUACACAUACUUACAAUAAUGUUCAACUUUUUAAUGAAACAUGUUUGAUGGGACUAAAUGUGUAUAUUUUUUCAGGUGUAUAGAAGGUUGAUACUUUAUUAAAGAUUGUGGUAUUGCCUACUGAGGUUUGGAUGUAUUUUCUGUUGUGUUUUGUUGGGAUAUUACUAUGAAUUAGUUCCAUUUCAAAUAAAUGUGGAACCAUA